UUAGUGUUGUCAACCUAAUCAUCUUUCCUUCAUCAUGGAGGCUACGUGGAAUAGCGGAUGGUGGGACUUUCAUCCUCUCUCAGAGUAUCCACGCAAACCCGUGGAAUGGUCAAACUCAUCAGUAAUAUUCACUGCGCAUGCACUUCAACCUCUUAUCAUCGCUCGACAUUUCUCCUCGUCCAGACAAUUCAGCAUUCCCUUUCCAGCUCCAAUUUCAUCAAAUUUGAAUGCUUAUGAUCCUCCCACCAUCAUUACCUGCUCACCGGAUGACCGUUGGCUAUUCGCAUUUUUUCCUGGCAGAGGUGAAGAUGGUCUGUGCUGCCUGUGGCACAGGGGUGUCGAGCUUGACAAUUGGAGUGUUAAAGAAUGGUGGCUGUUCGCUCAGAGUGCCGGGGCUGUAGCUGCUCGCUGGUUAGGAGGUCCGAGAGAAUGGACCAUUGACUCUUCUUCUGGCGCUCCGACGCGUCUGCCUUCACGCGGUCCUUCAACACCAGUCUCUAAUCCGACCUUAGUUCUCGUGACACAAGACCACCGCCUUUUUGUAUGCUACCUCCGAUACUACAAGCCAAAAUUGAACAUGUUCAGUUGCUCCCUUCUACGACCCUCAGUGAUCGUCGAGCAAGAACCCGAUAACUCUCAGGAAACAUUAGACGAUGUGGACUCUGUCAAAAUUUGCAUCAAUGCUGCUAUUGGCACUACUUACAGCGACUCCUCAAUCCUUGUCGCAAUGCGAUCUCAAGUCUUUCCGAUAUCAUUCUCUGUCCCGACUCCUGAUCAGUUUUCGCUGGACCUCGGUCUGCCGCUAGAAAUGGAACCUGACCAAACGGAGGUUUAUCCCACUGCCCGUGAAGAUUCUGCAGAGGACUCCAUUAUCCAAAUAGCUGAAGUUCAACUGCAAUUCGACGGAACCCGCAUGGUACUAUCCUCCAAAGUGCACCCUGUCAUCGAAAACGCACCCAAUCGGUUACGGGACUUGUGCUUUGUUUGCAAGACUCCCUCGAAUGAGAAUUUAUCCUCAACAAGCAUGCAUUUGGUAGCGAGUUUCAUUGAUUUCAAAGAAUAUGUAUCUUUACCAAUCUUCAGUAUGAAGUGUUAUUCAUUCAUAAGAACAAAUGCUUCCGGUGGAGAAAAGGGUACAUGGACUAUGCAAUCAGAAAUGACCCGCGAUUUCGAGCCUGGAGCGCUCGCACAAGUAGCGGUUUUUCAACCAGCAUACACGGAUCAUGGUAUAUACGUCUCUAUUUACGAUACCUCGGGCAUGCAGCCUCGCCACAAAAUUCAGCAGGCAGAAUUAUCUGUCGGUCACCUAAAAAUGCUGAAAAUACCUGAUUUAACGUACGAUGAUACUUGGGGAGCUUCCCCAGUCCUUGCACCCAUCCGUACCCUGGGAACAGAAGUUCCGAUCAAUUCCAUCGUCUCUCCUGGACAAAAUCUUUUAUGCACGAUUUUCCCCUCACCUUGGUCCUCUCAGAUGUCGAUUCAGAAGUUGCCUCGACCAUCGUCGAGCAACCUUGCAAGCAGCUCUAGCUCUAUUCCCUUUCUGGCAUUAUCCAUAGUCACAGCUAUUCUCUCAAAUCGUUCCACAGAUGACCUUACUCACUCCUUCCUGCCGUCCUCAACACCUUUGAUUGAAGUUGCUGAGGUCUUGCAUCAUGUGUUCACCCUCUUAGAUCGAUAUGUACCUGGAUCUUUUACUUUACAGCUUGGAAUAACCGUAGAAUCCUAUCGGGCCAGGACCUUGCGUACCUCUUCGAACAUUCAUGAUAGGGAGAGGGCAGACGUCAUCUGGCGGACCGCGCACGAUAUGAUCUCUGUGGCUACGUGCAACGCCGUUUUCAAUGACUGCACAGACGGGCAAGAAUAUCAAACCGAUCUUGUUUGGCAGAUGAUUGAUCUUUCAAGUUGGAUAUUGGGUCUCGUAGAAACGAUUGUUAAGGAGUGUAUCCUGUCAUCCGACUUUGCCGACUCCACUGAAUCUACUGGUUCUUCCGGAGAUGACCUUUUCGGUUCUGAUUCACCAAUCAAGGACACGAAUCUUCGGUCAUUAGACUAUCCCGUGUUCAUGCAUCUUGUACAUAUUCAAGCACUUCGGAACCUUAGAAUUGCACUUGGGCAUGUUAACCGGUUCCGCAAGUACCUGAUUGGACUCACACCGAGGACGGAGAAUUCCCAGCUUUCAAAAGAAGUCCUACUUGAUCUCGUCGACUAUUCUGGCAUUGAUAUUUCAGGACUUGACAAAAUAUUUCAGGAAUUGGAAAAUUUUGUUCAAAAAUUUGAUGAUGAUGAAAUGCGAAAAGCAUUGGCUUCCUGUUCACCAUCACUGUCUAUGCAAAUUCCACUGAGGGAAGCUGUAAACUCCAUGUCACGAUCUCCGGCGUUGAACAAGGCGCGGUUGUUUAUCAAGUCCUUUGAGAUGAUAGACGGACAUAAUCAAACAAUGUCACUUGACCGUUUGCAGAAGGACAAAAUCAAGAACAGAGAUGUGGUGUCAAAAGGAGUUCUGUUAUAUCGUGCGCAGGGAACAGAGUGCGUACGAUGCGGCGGAAGGUCAGAAUAUGGGAAAGAUAUCAUGGUAUCACGUCCGUUAAACAAUUGGGAAAAAAGUUGGGCGAGGAGAUGUAUUUGUGGGGGGUUGUGGACGAGGACGUUACCUUAGCCUUACUUCCUAAUUAGUCUUAUUACGCACAAACUAAAAAUGCAUUCGGGCAAAAAGGUGAUCGGCCCGUCGUUUUUCCUCCU